AUGACACCGGGACGAGUUGAAAUAACCCCAUUUAAAUGUAAAUGCUUUUCUACGCAGAUAUUUCAACCUAAAGAAAAUAUUCUGAAAUUGGAUGGUAAUGCUCAAGACGUCGUAAAAAAAAAUAGCGAACCUCCUCCUGAAAUAAUCUUGGCGUGUCAACAAUUAGCCGACGGACUUGUAGAUAGACUUAUAGAACUAGAAGAUACCGACAAUGAACGAAUGCUAGGAUGUAUAACAACACUGCAUUUGCUAGCCAAGGUCCGCCCUCAACUGUUAGUUAGGCAUGCUAUGACUAUAGAGCCUUAUUUAAAUAUAAAGUGUCAUCCAUCCACUGCUCCUAAAUUUAUAUGUGCUGUUGCGGACAUACUAGAAAAGGUUGUGCCAUUGGUAAAUAACGCAAGCGAAACUUUUUUGGCAUCAUUGGAAGAACAUUUAAUGUUACUAGUUGUAUCUCUAAAUCAGGCUGUUGUAUAGUGUGUAUCCUGCCUAGGAGCUGUCGUAAAUAAAAUAACAAAAAAUUUUAAACUUAUUCGGGAUUGUUUUCAAAAGUUUUACAGAAUUUUGGAUUAUAGCAGAAGCCAAAUUAUACAAAAUAACCUAUUGGAAAAUAUUUAUACCCCUAUGUUUCGCCGCAGUUUAUUUACAAUCGGAAUACUAAUGCGCUAUUUUGACUUUAAAGCAUCAUAUUUAAUAGGAGACUGCAGCACCCUGCCGCCAACAAUAUGCGAUGAUGUUUUCGACUGUAUUAUGUUCUUUAGCCAAUGUUCUAACUACGAAAUUCGAAAACAAUCUUUAAUAGCUUUAGGUUCAUUUUGUGUAAUGAAUGAUAACUACUUGAUAAGGCCGGAGCUGAAGCAAUUUUACUGUGAUAUUCUUAGUUCAGAUAAAAUAGAAGCAAGUAUAAAAAUUAUAUGUAUGCGGAACAUAUGGAUCUAUCUUACAGAAUCUGAAAUGAACAUGCAUAAUAGGGAAAAAGAAUGGGAAAAGCAGUCACAAAAUGAAGACCUUAAAGAAAUGAAUGACGUCUCCUCUGGCAUGGCAAGUCGCGUGAUACAAUUAUACUUGCAAGAAAUAUUGGAGUGUUUUCUUAAUCGAGAUGAUGCAGUCCGCCUCUGGGCAGUAAAAGUAAUUCAAAUAGUUCUGCGACAAGGCUUAGUUCAUCCAGUGCGAAUGGUGCCGUAUUUGAUUUGUUUGAGUACAGAUUACAAGCUUGAGACCGCUCAUAGAGCAGAUGCCUUACUUAAAGAAAUCGAUAGAUCUUAUGCAGGCUUUGUAAAUAUGAAAGUACAAUUUGGUUUGCAACUAUGUUUUAAGUUGCAAGAAGUAUUGCAAUAUAAUAGUAAAUCCAGAAGCUGUGUGAUACGAGGAUAUGUGAAACGAGAAAGUGAUGUGUUACCUACCGCUUUAAAUGAUUUCUUAUACACACUUUUGCGAUCAACUAAACCCCAAAGAAGAGCGUUAGUCCAAACAGUCACCAAACAAUUUGAUGAUCAGAAAACAACACUUCGUCAAAUGCUGUACAUAGCAGACAAUUUAGCUUAUUUCCCGUACGUCGUCCAGGACGAGCCUCUGUACUUAAUUCAUCAAAUUGAUUUGCUAAUAUCUAUGGCUGGAACCAAUAUAUUGGCAACAUUUAAAGAAUGCUUAAAGCCAAGUGAAAGGACUCACGAUAUUCUAGAGGAUGACGAUGACGAAGAAGAUCCGGAAAUACUAUUUAAGAGACUUCCGGAAGAUACACUUGAAAUACAAAGAUGCAUAACAUCUGCCCAAGCUUGUAUGUUACUAUUAAUUUUGAAAGAACACCUGAAAGAUAUGUAUAGCAUAACUGAUAGUAUAUCUCGAUAUUCGCCGUCAGAAACAAAAAUUCACGAAAAAGCUGUUACGCGUAAGAACGUCCCAGAUUUUAAUCCAAUUACAACAAUAGAUGUUAUAAGGAAACAACAUGAACAAUAUUCAUUGGAUUCAGAAGAAAUACACACAAAUCUUCUUAAUGACCAAGAAAAAAUGGAUAUUGUUCUCAAAUACCUAGAUUUUAAGCAACUUAUGUUGAAAUUAGAUCCAGAAGAUGUAGAAUCAGAUGAGGAACUACGAGAGAAAUCUAAACUUAAUGCAGUUAUUAAACCCGAUUCGUCCCCAAUAUCUGCAGUAAAUUCUAAAGAAGGGAACGGAGCUGAAUUAAGGAAAAAGACA